AUGCCAUGGCCCUCUUCUCCAAAAUAUCCCGAGAAAAGCCCCGAAGACGCCGAUUCUGAAGAAUAUAACUACAUAAUCAUCGGAGGCGGCGCAACCCCGAAUACCAAAACCAAAAUUCUCCUCCUCGGAUGCGGCACCGCAAACCAUACCUACAUCUCGCGCAUCUCGCGCAUCCCGCUUCUCUCCGCCAAUAUCCUCGAUGCCUCUACAGGAACCAAGCCCCGGCCAUGUAAACCAAUGACACAGUGUGAUAACAGACAAAGUCUAGUGUUCCGAGCAGAUGUAUUAAGUGGAGCGAGUAGAGUAGAUAGUGAAGUAUAUACGCGAAGACCUAGGAGAAACUAUGAGGGAUGGAAGGAAAUGGGUAGGAAAAACUGCGGGGUGAGAGAAUUGGGGGUGGGAGGUUUUGGAGAUGUAUUUAAGGAGGAAUUUGCAGAUGCAGCCGAAACAAUGGGGUUCUCCCGGAUCUCCGAUGCAAACGUGGCAGAAGCACCGAUUGAUGGAGUGGCAAUGCUAUACUUGAGUACAGAAGUUGCUCUACAAAUACAAAGGGAAAAGAACUUGACUAUCUGUACUAACACAACCGUUCAUCGAAUUGAGUUUGAGGAUGAGGAUGAGGAUGAGGAUGGAGUUCCUUGCGCUGAUAAAGUUGUCUCUGGAAAUACGGAUCCAAUGUCCACGAGAACUCUUGAGGUCAAGGUGAAGAAGGAAGUAAUUAUUUGUUCUGGUGCACUAGGCUCGGCACAAGUUUUGAUGCUGAGUAACUCUAACGGUAUUGGACCUCAUAAACAUCUAGAGGAACACAACAUCAAAGUGAUACAUGACCUACCAGGUGUUGGCUACGGAUUAGCCAAUCAUCCAAGUAUCCCCGUGGCAUGGGAAGUUCCCAUGAAUGAAUCCAUCACUCAAGUUGCAGUAUCCCCAUUAAAAGCCGUCAUCGAAUUCGGCAAGUAUCUUCUCUUCGGCACCGGAAUCAUGAGUUUCCCAACCCAAACCGUGACAUAUUUUGUUCUAUCCAAAUCCCUCAACGAAGGACCAUUCAUCGAAGAAGGGCCAACCCGCAAAACCCCACAAUCCACACCUACCGAAUCCCCUCACCAUCCUUCCACCAGACCUCAAGACCCCGCCCCCGAUAUCGAACUCAUGCCUCUCGCCACAAUCGCCAUGGAAGACAAUCUGGAUUUCCUCUUCUCCGAAACGUUACUUUUCCUCCCGAACUUCAAAAUCUCGAUGUCGAAAAUGGAAAUAAUGAUCAGAUUGACAAGUUUAUACAUCAUAGACUCUGGCGAUCUCAUAUCUGCCAACUUUCGAUCGUGGCUAAGUCUCCGAGCUCGAGGCAGCAUGCAUACUCGCGAUAGUACGCACACCACAAACAACAUAACAUGGACCAUCUCAGCAGUAUUGGCGACCACAUACCUCCACACAACCAUCUCAGCCCAUAUCCUCAAAGCGAUAAUGAACCACGCUGACAUAAGACUUUUCGGUCUUGUCCACCACGCUCUGCAAGAUCCACAACGUGCACUGCCGAUUCUCGGAUAUCUCUUGCUGCAUCCUCGCCGAUCCCCUGCGUCCCAACCGACCGAAAAUAAGAAGCGGCUAGACUUCCUCGCCGACCUCGUCAAUCAUCAAUACCCUAUGGUAUCUUUCCAUCCUGAAUCUCAUGACCUCCACGACUUGUAA